GAAGUUUUGUGCCUGAGCACAAACAAACAGAGAGAAGGAAGUUCGCUGUGAGCCUUUGAAUCUGCUGUAAUGAACAAGCUGUUCCGCACGAUUUGAAAAUAAUCCGCGUGUCAGUGUCAUCUUUCUUAUGCAAAGUAGCUGUCUUUGAAGGCGGAUCUUUUGGCAGGUUAGACCGGGACGGAGGCUCCGACCAGCUCAGACGAGCGCUGCCACCAAACGCAUCAACUGGCUGCUCGCAGGAGGAGCGUGAUCCUGUGUUUCUGGGACACAUUUAUUAGAAUCAGCGAGGAUCUUUAUUGCACUUAUUUUGCUGACUGACUGAUUGUUUCGGUGCCUUGUUGAGCAGCCAUCCCUGCCGCACAAAUAAGGACCGGAGGAGAAUUAUUUUUGUUGUUUUUUUCCAAGUUGUCGCAGAAGGAGUGAUAUCGCACCGAUACGGAGACAGAGACUCCGGAAAAGUGACAUGAAACGUGAGGACGGGAAAGUGAGUCUUGUGGGAACGAGCAGGGAACAAAUCGGAGCACAUAGCCACUCUGUUGUACUCUCUGCUGACUGAUACACGGCGCAAGAGGCUGAACAAGUAGAUCCAACACUUGGGAGAGCGCAUGAAAGCAUGGACCUGAAGGCGCGCUACUUCCAGCCAGAAAACAUGCUCGGACUGUUGCUGGAUUUCUGUUUUAAUUAAACCCUCCAAACCUAAAAUGAGGACUUGGUCCUGCAACAGAUAGUUGUGUAAGUUUUUCCACAUUUAUCUGACACAGCCAGGUUUCAUCUCUGACUUUUUAAUGAAAGAAACUUGUGUUUUGUGGUGAACAUUUGGGCUGUUUUUUGUUUUUUUUUCUUUAAAUCAAAGAGAAGAGAAUGCGUUCAACUGUUCAACUGAGCCUCAUCUGUGUGCUGCUGGUGCUGUGGAGCGGUGGGGGGUCAGCCAUUAGCUCUGUAGACCCGGACUGGUCAGGAGAGGGGAGAUGUCAACAGAUCAACAUCCCCCAGUGUAAAGACAUUGGCUACAACAUGACUCGCAUGCCAAAUCUCAUGGGCCACGAUGACCAAAAAGAGGCAGCGAUAAAGCUGCAGGAGUUUGCCACGCUGAUACAGUUUGGAUGCCACAGCCAUCUCAAAUUUUUCCUGUGUUCCCUGUAUGCCCCCAUGUGCACAGAGCAGGUGUCCAACCCCAUCCCAGCAUGCAGAGUGAUGUGUGAGCAGGUCAAGCUGAAAUGCUCACCUAUCUUGGAGCAGUUUAACUUCCCUUGGCCUGACUCUCUGGACUGCUCCCGGCUGCCGACCAAAAACGACCCAAACAACCUCUGCAUGGAGGCGCCCAACAACGGCUCAGACGAGCCUCCCAAAGUAUUCCACACCCAGCCUCCAGAUUUCAGGCCACAGCGGCCUCUGAGCGGCCAGGACCUGCACCUUAAGGACAGCAGCAGCAAGCAGACCUGCAGCAAUCCUGGCAAGUUCCACUUUGUGGAGAAAAGUGAGUCCUGUGCCCCUAAAUGCUACCCUAAAGUGGAUGUAUACUGGAGCCAGGGAGACAAGCAGUUCUCUCUGGUGUGGAUGGCUAUCUGGUCCAUCCUCUGCUUUGUCUCCAGCGCCUUCACCGUGCUCACUUUCCUCAUAGACCCGCAGAGAUUCAAAUACCCGGAGAGGCCGAUCAUCUUCCUCUCUAUGUCCUACUGUGUUUACUCUGUGGGCUACCUCAUCCGACUCUUUGUGGGAGCUGACAGAAUAGCCUGUGACAGAGACAAUGGGGUCCAGUAUAUUAUCCAGGAGGGUCUGGAGAGCACCGGCUGCACUAUUGUGUUCCUCAUCCUGUAUUAUUUUGGCAUGGCCAGCUCCCUCUGGUGGGUUAUCCUAACCCUCACAUGGUUCCUGGCAGCGGGGAAGAAGUGGGGUCACGAGGCCAUCGAGGCCAACAGCAGCUACUUCCACCUGGCAGCUUGGGCCAUCCCGGCCGUAAAGACCAUCAUGAUCCUGGUGAUGAGGAAGGUGGCGGGGGAUGAGCUGACGGGCGUCUGCUACGUGGGCAGCAUGGACGUCAAAGCUCUCACGGGCUUCGUGCUCAUUCCCCUCUCCUGCUACCUUAUUAUUGGCACUUCAUUCCUGCUGUCGGGCUUUGUGGCCCUCUUCCACAUCCGUAAGAUAAUGAAAACAGAGGGAGAGAACACAGACAAGCUCGAGAAGCUCAUGGUUCGCAUCGGGGUCUUCUCUGUGCUCUACACUGUCCCCGCCACCUGCGUCAUCGCCUGCUACUUCUACGAGAGGCUCAACAUGGACUACUGGCGGAUCCUGGCAGCGGAGCAGAAGUGCGUGGACAACAACGGGCCGGAGUCGGACGAGUGUGCCAUGAAGAAUUCCAUCCCCGCUGUUGAGAUCUUCAUGGUGAAGAUCUUCAUGCUGUUGGUGGUGGGCAUCACCAGCGGCAUGUGGAUCUGGACCUCAAAGACACUGCAGUCCUGGCAGAAUGUGUUCAGCAGGAAGCUAAAGAAGAGGACGAGGAGGAAGGCUGCCAGUGUGUUCACCAGCAGCAGGCCUUACAUCAAACCUCACCCAUCUCUCAAAGGGCACAGUACUAAGUAUGAGCCUACACGGCCCCCUCCAACAUGUGUAUGAGCUGGAUAUCUUUGUACAAACCUAAAAAUAUGUGUAAAGCCCUUACCUAAACGAGACUUUGUAAUCAGAAGGCCAUCAAAAGCAUCAAGGUUUCUGUUUUAUUUAUGCAAACUCCAUUGAAGAUCAUGCAACGUGGGGUUUUUUUGUAUCUUGAGCCAUCUCAUGCAACAAGAGCUGCCUUUGUUUGAGAAAAAAAUCUGCUACUCCUGGAUUCACUUAUCCUAUUGAGGAACUUGGUAGAGAAAAAAAAAUCUUAUUGUUACCAAGACAAAAAGAGUGGAAUAAACCAUUUGGAUGUGCUAUGGGGUUACUUGAAUAAUGUGCAAUAGAUGUUUUCCUUACAGGCAAAAAAAGACACUUGUACUGUUAGUGACAGAUUACAGACAAUGAAAGGACCCCGCAGACAAAGCAGGCAAAUGGUCAGAGAGAUGAGUGUUGUGUUUGGAGGCUUUUUAAUGGAAAUCGAGGCAGUGUCAUAUAUGUUUGAACUGGAGUGAGAGCAGCUGUUGAAAAGCGCUCAAGACCUUACGAACUGCCCAUUGUGAGGCAAAUCCAUGCCAUAAAUUAAUCAAGCACUCGUUAUUGAAAAGUUAUUUGUACACGCAGUUGAGUUUUCCUUUUUUUUUCUGUCUUUGCUGUUUUAUAGCACAAGGGAACGUUUGUAUAUAUUUCUAAAAACUUCAGAUUUUAUAGAAAAAUUAAUAAAACGUUCUAGUUUUAAAUGUUUGUAAAGCCGCAAUUGUGUACUGUGACUGUGUUGUUCUUGCCUCUGUUGGAGGGAGUCUCCGUUCUCACACAGCCGCAUAUGAAGCCUCCUCUUUUUUACGACUGCAGCACUUCCCACCCUCGCUGUGUAUCUGCAGACAUUUUAUUCCGUCAUAAAAAUCUAAAUCAUCAA